GGCGAGGAGGAGGAGCUAAAACAUCCGGGAAGAAGACGGAGCCUCCGGCGGCGGUCAAAGCCAACUGAUGGCAACGUAACAAAGAAAAGAAGACGCAUAUCUCCAGGCACCUGCUGAUUUGUGAGAGAUGCUGACCUCAUCUUACCAGUGACCAAAGCUCGCUGUCCCCAGACCAGCCGAGACAGGACAGCAGGACGCAGAUCAGAGCGGUCAUGGCUGCCAGACUGCAGAGACCUGCAGCCGCCUUGGACGGCUCAGCGGAGUCCAAGAGGACGGACCUCAGGACCAAUGAGAAGAAGUGCUCUUGGGCCUCCUACAUGACCAAUUCUCCAACUGUGAUAGUGAUGAUUGGGUUGCCCGCAAGGGGGAAAACCUACAUGUCCAAGAAGCUGACACGCUACCUCAACUGGAUUGGAGUGCCAACUAAGGUAUUUAACCUUGGAGUUUAUAGGAGAGAAGCAGUGAAGUCAUACAAGUCCUACGACUUCUUCAGACAUGACAAUAAAGAAGCAAUGGAAAUUAGAAAACAGUGUGCCUUGGUGGCUCUGCAGGAUGUCAAGGCCUAUCUGAAUGAGGAGGGAGGCCAGAUCGCUGUUUUUGAUGCCACCAACACGACCAGAGAGAGACGAGAACUCAUCCUUAAUUUUGCAAAGGAUAAUGCAUACAAGGUGUUUUUUGUAGAAUCCAUAUGUGACGAUCCAGAUGUCAUCGCUACAAAUAUCCUGGAUGUGAAGGUGUCCAGCCCAGACUACCCUGAGAGGGACAGAGAAAGUGUCAUGGAGGAUUUUCUGAAGAGGAUAGAGUGUUACAAAGUGACCUAUCAGCCUUUAGAUCCGGACGAACACGACAAGAACCUGUCCUUCAUCCAGGUCAUCAACGUCGGCCGUCGUUUCUUGGUCAACAGGGUGCAGGACUACAUCCAAAGUAAAAUCGUGUACUACCUCAUGAACAUCCACGUACACUCCCACUCCAUCUACCUCUGUCGGCACGGAGAGAGCCAUCACAAUGAGGAGGGACGCAUCGGGGGAGACUCCGAACUGUCAAAGAGAGGAAGACAGUUUGCAGCAGCCCUGAAGGGUUUUGUGGAAGAGCAUCGUCUGUCGGACCUGAAAGUUUGGACCAGCCAGCUGAGACGCACCAUUCAGACGGCGGAGGAGCUGGGAGUUCCCUACGAGCAGUGGAAGAUCCUGAAUGAAAUAGACGCUGGAGUGUGUGAAGACAUGACGUAUAAGAUGAUUGAGGAAACAUACCCAGAGGAGUUUGCCAUGAGGGACCAGGACAAGUACCAUUACCGCUACCCUGGAGGAGAGUCCUACCAGGACCUGGUUCAGCGGCUGGAGCCAGUUAUCAUGGAGCUGGAGCGACAGGGCAACGUGCUGGUCAUCUGUCAUCAGGCCGUCAUGCGCUGCUUGCUCGCCUAUUUCCUGGACAAGAGCGCAGAUGAUCUACCCUACUUGAAGUGUCCCCUGCACACUGUCCUAAAACUGACCCCUGUGGCUUAUGGCUGUAAAGUGGACCUGUUUGACUUGAAGGUGGAGGCUGUCAACACUCACCGGGACAGACCAUUAAGUAAAGCCAGAACAGAUGCUGUGCCGCCGGCUUUCCACCGACGGAACAGCUUCACUCCGCUGUCCAGCCAAGACCAGAUUAAACGGCCUCGUCUCUACAGCGUGGGCAACCCUCCGCAGGCCCGCAUGUCCCAGGCCCCAACUUUACCCAGCAUGCACUUCUCUGAGGCGUCUGAGGGGGCAGAGCUGCUACAAGGCGAGGACUCUGUGAACGGCUUCAGUGCGGCGGACGAGAACGACUGCGUUCGCAGUUAAAGAGGCUUUUCUCCACACGGGUGUGUCACCAGAUCUGAGGACCAGCAGUCAAAUCCCAACCAGCUUCAGCCAUUGUAUUCUAAAGCACCGCAUUACACUCCACACCUGUGUGACCCUGAAUGUGUUAUCUCUGGUUUAGGUAGGUUAUGUGAGUGUUAGCGUGAGUGUGCACCCUACACACAUGAACUUAAUACUUUUGCACAGCAGCCUUCAAAUCCAGGCUACAACCCACCUCAGAUAUAUAAUGUAAAGACCUGUAGUGAAGAAAACCCAUCCAUUAGCUCCUUGCACACUGCACACACUGUAGUGUGCAGUCACAUGAUGCUGUGUUAGUUGAGAACCGGUUGAUUGUAAGCUGUAUACCUCAUUUGAAGCUUACCGUAAGACUGUGCCUCUAUUGAAGGAAGCCAUGCACAGCCUUUGUUUUUCUACCUAUUUGAACAUUCCCAGGAAAUGCCCAUCCUUCCUCGGGUGGUCUGACAAGAUGUAGCAAUAGUUUUAUGUUUCAAGCGCAUUAAAUCGAGGCUCGGCUCGCAGAGGGCGGACACGAGCCGUAAAAAGAAAAGAAAUGUGUCGUCUCGCCCUAUAAAACGCAGCAGCUCCAAUCAUUCCCCUGUUCUCUCCAACGACGCCUGCCUUUACGUGCUGCCUUCUACUCAGAUAACAGCUUCAGUGCAUUCAGCCGCCCACUGCCAUCCUGUACAGCUGAUCUUAUUUGAACGCCACAAAACUGAUGCGAAUACUUCCAACGUAAUGUGAUUUUUCAACAGCAGCGGAUGUUUAAAAAGCAAAUCAGAUGUAACAAAGAUACUGUAUGUUGAAGCACCGCCUAGUCAUAAAUAACAUCCUUUCACAUGAUUUUGAUUUUAAUAUUAGGAAUGAAUUAAUCGUUGAAAAAGUGCCUUUAUUUAAAGGACUGCAAAGCUGUGAUCGUCGUAAUCAAGAGUAUUUAAAAUAUUUUAGCAUAUACGUGUGUUUCACCUCGACUGACGGGUUGGCAAUACAUUUGGAUGUCUUGAAAAGAGCUUUCCACACUGUGCUGUACAUGUUUCAUUUAAUAAAGUUCAUUUUAAGCAAU